AUGGACUCGCAGCCGCCUUCCGACCCUGAACCUGCUACGGCUUCGUCCCGGCACUUGCCACAGUCACUCCCAGACUCGGGUCUCCAGAGCAUAUUCGAUGCCGAAAUCCCCGGGGGCUGGUCACUGGACGACCCCACUGCUGACUGGAGUGCCUUGAAUGAUUUCUAUUUUUGCUCGUCCGAGCCCACCAACCUAGAUUGGCCCCAAUGGACGGGUCUCGAAGCCAAUCAAGACUUCACGUCGCCUACCGGGGAGAACAAUGCAGAGCCGCAGACUACCCAUGUUGCACAAGAGUCUGUUCAACUUCCACAAGCUGAGAGCUCUACGUCUGGACUCAAUUUCGGAGGUAUUGGAAAUGUUUCCCAGUGGCUUGAUGGGGCCUAUAGGCCUCCGGUCCCUUGCAGUCAUUGUCGCAAACAUCGACUUCAGUGUCUGAUUAUACGCACCACAUCCGCAAAUCCAAAUCCAGUCACUUCAUGUUCAAGCUGUGUAGCUCUAUUCCGAGAAUGCAGUCUUGCAAAGGGAGAAAAACGUGUCGCAGCUGGCUUUGAGACCUACACCCCAGUUUUAGGCCACCUACACGGACUGCCUGAGCAUACAGAGGAUAGGGGAGAGGAACGAAAAGAAUCUAAGCAAUUCGUUCGAAAGGGAGCCAGGGUCUUGCGAGAAUGGUUCUAUCAGCACCAGGAAUGCCCCUACCCUGAUGACGAUGAGAAAGCCCAACUGUCUCGUGAAACAGGAUUUUCUCAAAAGCGUUUGUCAACAUGGUUUGCAAAUGCCCGCCGACGGCAAAAGCAGAAAAUCCAGUCAGCCAAUCUUGCAUCCACCACCUACAUCAGGGCUGGCUCGCCUCUCGUGACGAGCACUUUGAGCUCAAUGACUCCUAUGGAACGGUGGCAGGCAUCGCCACCAGAGGAUGAAUCUGUCUCUGCAUCAGUGAUCCAAGAAGCUAUCGCUUCGGGCACGGGCGAAUGCCAUCCUUUGGAAGACCCGUUUCAGUUUGACGGUUCUCAUAUGGACCUAUUCAAUUUCGAUGAGACUUCAUCCCACCUUGCAUCUUCUAUCUCAAGCUUGGGAAGUAGGGCAUCAGAGACGUCAGAGAGUGUCUCAUCUGCAUGGAGCUAUCAGUCCGGCGGGGAAGGAGGAAGAAGCACAUUUCCACGACCUCCACAAACAAGGAGACCUCGCCGCCGAGCGCAUUUACGCCAACGAUCCAAUGGAGAAGAGUAUCAAUAUCAGUGCACUUUCUGCACACAGUCGUUCAAGAAACGACAUGACUGGACUCGACAUGAAAAGAGUGUACACCUUCAACUGGACUCUUGGGUGUGCACACCCAAUCUUAUCGAAUUGCAGCAGCAGUGGAGCUCGCAGCUGGUAGGGUGCAUCUUCUGCGACACCCCAUUCCCCCCAUCUACUCACUGGGAAGAGCAUGAGUUUCACAUAUGUGCCGGGAAGUCCGUGACUGAGCGUUCCUUCAGUCGGAAGGAUUACCUUUGGCAGCACCUGCGCAAGUUCCAUGGGUGCACAAAACCCCCGGUUCUAGAUCUUGAUGCAUGGCGUGACACUGGUGCAAACGUUCAAAGCCGGUGUGGAUUCUGCGAGAUUACCAUGCCUACUUGGGCGGUUCGAGUUCAGCACUUAGCGGAGCACUUCAAGAAUGGGGCACGUAUGGAUCAAUGGGUCGGUGACUGGGGAUUGGACUCAAUGGCCAUGGAGGCGCUGCGGAAUGCUCUUUUGCCGUCUCAACGGGCUAUUGUCGGCAUUUCGACCUGA